AUGGGGACGGGAGAGGUAGGCGGGGUACAGAGGGGGGGGUGGUGGGGGGAUGGGGCUGCGGGUAGGGGGGGGAGGAGCGGGUCGGGGGGGGGGCGGGGGGGGCGGGGUGAGGGGGGGGCGGGGGGGGGGGGGGGGGGAGAGGGAUACGGGUGGGGAGAAGGCAAGGGGGGGGGGGAAAUGGGGGGGGCGGGAGUGGCGGAGGAAAGGGGGGGAGCGGGGGGGGAGUGCGAGGGCAGUGAGGGGCGAAAGGGGGGGAGGGGGGGGGGGGGGGGGGUAGCGGUGGGGGAAAGGGGAGCGGGAGUGGGGUUGGGAGCACGCAGCGAGGGGGGUUAG